AUGGCGGACCCGUUUGAAGUUCGUAUGCGCUUCACCACCAUGCUCCAGCAUAUGAGCGCAUCUUUUACUUCGUCGCAGAAGGCGGCGAACUAUGCUCUCAAAUACCGUGACAUGGGGGAAGACCUCCAUUCUUGUAUACUGGAGCAAUUAGAAAGAAAUAAUAUGAACAUCCGCGCCAAUUUAAUAUACUUUGUCGAGCAUCUCUGUGACACGGCCACCAAAGAGAAUCACCUUGAGUUUGUUCGAAUGAUACAACGCGACAUACUACGGAUAGUUGACGCAGUUGCACCCGCGGACGGGUCCGGCGCUGCCAAUGUGAAGCAUGUGAGACGUGUGUUAAAUGGGUUACAAUCGAAAGAGAUCCUAUCCACAGAAGCCGUGUCAGAAAUAGACGCAUGGCUUCGAGAACGGGAAAGCUACCCUGAGCAUCUUCUUGAUUCAGAAGCAGUAGACGGGGAACUGGCGUCUGGCGAUAUAACGAGGUCAGGGGGAAUCACGGUUGAUAGGAAGCAGAUCGAGCAGAGGGUUGAGGAGGAUCGGGAGAGAAAUAAGCGGUUACGAGAGAACAUGUGGGCCGUUCCGCCUAAUGAUAUAAAAGAAUUUGAGAUGAUGUGGGAAGAUGUCAGUGACAUCGGUGAAGAUGACUAUCUACAGGCUGCCGAAGAAGCUGAGGAGCGGAGAAGAGCUGGGGACGCUUCGGGGCUCUUGAAUUAG